GAUAAAUACAUUUACAGCUGUAUUGACGGUAGGGAAUGUCAUGGACUUCAGUUGGUCACCAACUGAUGCGAUUCUUGCUCUCUUUGUAUCAGAAUCGAUUGAUGCUGGUGGUGCCAUACCUGCUUUGGUGAAACUUGUUCAAAUACCCUGUAAAGAGCCGUUGAUUGAGAAGAAGCUUUCUAGUGUUAGUAAGUGCAAGAUGUACUGGCAAAGCAAUGGGGAGUAUCUUGCUAUGAAAGCUGACAGCAAUACAAACAAUUUCGUUGAGCUUUUCCAAAUUAAAGAUUGAGGCAUCGAUAAUAAAAUUUUGGAGCUCCUGUAUAAUAAGGACAAGGUCACUGCUUUUGCUUGGGAACUCAAGGGCCAUAGGUUUGCUAUUAUUCAGAGUAAUGAAGAUAUUAGUUUCUACUCCAUGUGGGAUGCUGCCAGCACAGGCUGUGUUUCAUUGCUCACGAUUCUCAGAAGCAA